AUGGAAGUCGUCAGUUGUGGCAUUCACGGCUUUGGUGAGACCAUCGGUCUUGACGUUGACGAGCUACGCGUGUUCUGGAAGCUUCACUUCGCCGAUGAGCAUGCUGUCCAGGUGGCAUACCGCCUAGUGGUGUCGGACAGCAAAGACAUCGACGGGCAUGGUCAGCAAAGAAUCUGUUUCGAUACCGGCCGCGUCGAAGGCCGCGAGCAGCGGAACGUCUUGUGCAAGUCGCAGAGUGGCUUCAAGUCGACAACAUUCUACUACUGGACCGUGACGGUCUGGGACCAGAAUGGAAACGAGGCGACCAGCUCAGUCAGCGAGUUCUACACGUCGUACCCUCGAUCCUCCAGGCUCCUGCCGCCGUAUAGCAUGAACCAGAAAUAUAUGCCGCACUCCAGUCUUAUUUUUCGCACUUGGUUCGAGGACGAGGCAAACCGCUGGAAGGCCGUAUGGAUUGGUGAUGGAGGUGACAAGCCUAUCUACCUCCGAAAAAGCCUUACCUUCCAGCGCAAACCGUCGCGCGUCAUUAUAUUCGCCUCAGGCUUGGGCCAUUUCAAUCUUUCCGUCAACGGUCAGCCGGCCUCGUCCCACGUCCUGGACCCAGGCUGGACCAACUACCACCGGACAGUACAGUUUGUCGGGUACGACGUGACGGAUACUAUUUGGGACGGGGAGAACGCCUUUGGUGCCCACGUCGGCAACGGCUUCUACGCAGGCGACCAAGGGGACCGCUUCUUCUGGCCCAUGUACGAGGACAACACGUACGUCCGCUACGGCAACGAGCUGUGCUUCUUUGCCGAGAUCCAUGCGCAUUACGACGAUGGCACACACGAGUGUAUCGUCUCCGACCCGAGCUGGACGGUCCGUAAGAGCGCCACCACACUGGCGAAUAUCUACGCCUCUGAAAACCACGACCGGCGGGCAUAUCCCGUUGGCUGGGACGCACCAGGCUUUGACGAUGCUACUUGGCAGCCGGCCAAGGCGCUCACGGGACCAAGAGGCAAGUUGCGAUACCAGAGCCAGCAUCCAGUUAUUUUGCACAACACGUUCGUGCCCAUUAAGCAGAGCACGGUCAAACCUGGCGUCCUCAUGUACGACCUUGGUCAGAAUGCAUCCAUCAUGGUACGAGUCGAAGCCAGUGGUCCCGCUGCGGCCGAGUAUCGCGUCAAGUACUCCGAGACGAUCGGUGAAGAUGGCCUUGUGCUUAUGCCGGAUCCUCUGUUCAAGGAGUUCGAAACGGGUGUGUACUCGAAUAUUACGUUGGCAGGGCAGGGAGAGCAGGAGGUUUGGACGCCCGACUUUAGCUUUACGAGUGCUCGAUACAUCCAGAUCGAAGGCGCCUCGCUGGAUGGGGAAGACGGCCUUCCUGUCAUCCACUCACUCACUGCGCGCCACGUCUCGUCUGGCGCUCCGCAACUCGGUUUCGUGAAGACUGACAAAGAGGAUGUGAACGCAUUAAUUAACGCCUGCUACUGGACCUUCAGCUCAAACAUCUUCAGCUAUCACACUGACUGCCCACAAAUCGAAAAGUUUGGGUGGCUGGAGGUGUCGGCUCUACUCUUUCCCGCCACACAGUAUGUCCGUGACAUGGAGGCUGUCUACUCCAAGAUCCUAGACGAUAUCAUCGACACACAGGAGCCCUCCGGGUUGGUUCCUACUAUGGCACCCUUGGUCAGAUACAUACUGACACGAGUUAGGUGUGGCCCUAUGCAUGACACCAUCACCUGGGGCGGUGUCGUGUGCUUACUCCCCGAACAGAUUAAGCACUACUACGGCUGCACAGGUGUCUUCAGAAAGAUAUACAAGCCAUGCGUGCAGUACAUGGAAUACAUGCAAGACAAAGAACGACUUGGCGGACUCAUUGAGCACGGCCUUGGGGACUGGGGCUACAGCAUUGCAUACGGAAAUCACCAGGCAAACAUCGAAACGGCCAUCUACUAUCAGUGCCUGCGCAACGUGGCUCUCAUGGCCAAGCACCUCGGGUACGCAGGUGACGAGGCUAGAUUUACUUCGUGGGCAGAGCGUAUAUACACCGUCUACAACCAGCAGCUCCUCAUCACGGACAAGACAACGUAUCCCUACGCGUUCUACACAUCUCGCGACGCCCCUGGAACGCAAGACCGCACAAUGGUAGCCCAAGCCGUCGCCCUCCAGCACGGGCUCAUCCCCGCCGAACAUCGCGCCGACAUCAUCCAAGCCUUCAUCGCGGCCGCGGAAGACUCAGGCCACGUGAUGCGGGCGGGAGAGAUCGGCCUCAAGUACCUGUGGAACACGCUGGCCGACCCAGAUGUAGAUCGGCCAGAUAUUGUGUUCAACAUGAUACGCCAGGAAGAGCACCCGUCAUACAUGCGCUUCCUGCGGCGCGGCGAGACGAGCCUGCUGGAGUUCUGGCAGGACGAGUGCCGCUCCAAGUGCCAUGAUAUGCUGGGCACCAUCUACCAGUGGUUCUACGACUAUGCGCUGGGCGUGAAGCCGUUGACAGAUGCGUACCGCACGUGGAGGCUGCGGCCGUGCUUCAAGACCGAGUUGGACUACGUGGAGGGCAAGGUUGAGUCGCCGUAUGGACUGAUAGCGGUUUGCUUCGACCGUAGAGGGAGACAGGAUGGAAAGGCGGUGGUGGAUGUCAGUGUGCCGACUGGGACUACCUGCGAGCUGGUUCUUCCGAGCGAGACAAGUGUGGUAGAGAUACAGAGGCAGCCGGUCGAUGAGGCUCAGAGGUUCAAGGGCAAGACGUUGGAAAUGCUCCAGGGCCAAUAUAGACUAGAGAUUACAGCUUAG